AUGGAACCCGCGGAGUAUUGCCAGCAAACCGAGAAAGAGAGCGCGAGUGAUCUCGAAGGCUUCUCAGCCACCAUGCUCCAGCUCUCACUCUGGAAGCUUUACCAGAGUGGAGAUCAUACUGACCUUGAUGUGAUUUGUGGAGAUCGGGUGUUCAAAGUUCAUAAGGCUAUCGUGUGCUCUCAGUCGUCGUUCUUUGCUGCUGCUUGUAGUGGAUACUUUAAGGAAGGUGUUGAGGCAAAAGUCGACCUCUCUGAUGACGCACCUUGCAUACUCGAGCGAUUCUUCCAGUUUGUCUACCUAGGAAAUUACUCCGAUGGGGAGCAUUUCGACGACCUCCCUGCGGUGCCUGCCCUACUGUCUUCAAUUGAGGUCAGUCAAGAAUUCGAGAAGACCUUUGAAUUUUCCACUCCGAUAUGUGCAGAUACACCGGAAGACACUGACUUCAAUCCCGAGGAGUCACCUGCGAAACACCAAGCGUCUGAGCCCUUGGAGUAUGAUUCAGAUUUCUCCCAUGCUUCAUUGGAUAAAUGCAUACACGAGGAUAAUUACCUUGUCAAGUACCCAAUCGGACUUUUUACAUCUCUCCGGAUGUACUUGAUCGCCGAUAAAUACGGCGUCCCUGCUUUGAAACUUCUCGCAGGGCAAAGAUUUAUAAGAACGGCCAUAUUACAUUGGACCACAUACGAAGAUUUUCCUGCAGUCAUUGAUGAGCUCUUCUCCUCAACACCUUCGUCAGAUCGCCUUCGUCAUUUCAUCUACUCCCUCAUUGCUGAGGACUAUCGUUCUCAAGCAAGUCUCAGAGAGCGUCUCAGGCCGUUGGUGGAGAAGCAUGUUGGCUUUGCAAUCGGCCUACUGGAUUGCCUGGUUGCUCGGAAUUGCUGA